AGUAGCCUCGCGCGAACAUCUGUACCGUGAAAGAGUGCUGGAGAUAUUUGAUGAACUCGUGGAAAGAUUUGUGCUUAUCUAAUUGUUUACUGUAUGGGUCCACUACAAAUAAGAGAGCUUACUAUGAUUAUGAGAUCUUAGUGCACAAACAGUAGUCAUUGUGUUUAGUUGCAAUAACCUGUAGGUUCUAUUUUGAGUUUGUUCAACGAAAUAUGGAAGAAUUCACCGCGACUCAAGAAGUCAAUUAUUUCACGGAAGACCACGUCAAGACUAUUCUAAAGGAUUACUACGGCAGCUCUGACGAUCUAAUACUUCAGAGAUAUGUAGUUCGCUAUGCCAGUGAUAAAAUGCUGGGAUUCCUAUCAGAUUACUGGAAGCUCAAAGUAUAUUUUAUCUCCAAAAACGGCGAAAAUCAAAAGCUAUCGUUCUUUAUCAAAGCUGUGUCAAGAUUAAAUGAAGCCAAAGCUGAAAUGGUGAAGGAUUGCAAUUUGUUUACAAUCGAAUCCACAUUUUACUCGAGCAUUAAAAACACUUUGAAUCUAGCAGGUGGAAAAGCAUGGAGCCCUAAAUUAAUUAGUAUCCUUGAUGACGCAAUGGUGUUUGAAGAUUUAAAUGUCAUAAAAUACAAGAUGCAAAACAAGUUCCAGAGAUUUGACAUGGCGCACACGCUCCGCGCACUGAAGACCCUGGCGAGGUUCCACGCAGCCACCAUCAUCUCCGAAGAAAUAAAGACUAAAGAGCUAAAUAGAAAGUUUCGACUAAGUGAUGAGUACGGGACCCUUUUAAAGUUUGGAGGGUACCAAGAGACUGAUGCUUGGUUCUUUCAGUGCAUAGAUGGCGCUUUAGACGCUCUGCGCAGUUUCUCCAAAUACGCUGAAACUGACGCAAUGGCGAAAAUAGAAAAACGGUGGCAUAAAGUAUGGGUAUCUAGCCUACGUCUGCACACCGGCCCCGACGAACGCGAGGUGAUCUGCCAUCGCGAUCUCUGGAACAACAACAUUCUGUUCCACUAUAAAAAGAUUAGCGAAGAUCACUUCGAGCCUGAUGAUUGUUUAUUAGUUGAUUUUCAAGCGAUACAGUUUCAACCUCCUGCCGCUGAUGUCAUGUUGAUGCUUUACUGCAAUUUAGAUCCUAAAUUCCGGGAAGAUAACAUGGAUCUGUUCCUCAAUUAUUACUAUUCAAAGUUAGAUACGAUAGUACAUAACUCUGGCAUAUCUCUGGAGGAAAUCAUCCAAAGGGAGAGUUUCCUAGCGUCGGCUGAGCAGCAGCGUCAGUGGGGCUUAAUAAUCAGCGCUUGCCUGCUGCCUCAGUUCUGGAUAGACGAUGAGCUGACCACAAGGAUCUUUACCAAUUCGGAACAAUUUGAUGACGUGUUGAACAAAAACAAGGGACGUUUUAUGAAGAAAAUGAUGACAGAGAACCUAGACUACCGGGAUAAGGUCAUCAACUUAUUAGAUGAGAUUGUUGAAAGAUAUUGCAAUGUAUAGUUUUAAUAGUAGGUACUUGUGCUUCUAAAUAGGUAGCAUUUCCUACGUAACAUACCUUACAUCAUGGACACUAAUAGGUUAAUUUAAGAAUAAUUUUAAUUCACACAGUGCAAUUUAAUGGCAAUCAACACACACUAUUAGGUAAGGACUUAUUAAAUAAACAUUAAAUAAGAUGCAGACUCAAGAUUUCAUUUCACGAACUGCCUUUUGAUAUGUUUCACUUUACCCGUAUUGUCUUUUUCAAAGGCCCACUCUGGGUUAGGGGUAAACUUGUUAUCUUCAAGCGUUCGAGUGCCGAAUUUCGUGUACCAAGGAUCUUCGCCAUGCUGACUGUACACGUCACAGAAUGGCCUCAGGAAGAUUAUGUAAAACAGCUCUACGAAGCUCAGAAUACUUGCACCGAGGAAUAGCCCACCUGUUCCUCCCGUUGAUACUGAAAAUAUAACAACAUCACAGUCGCAUGACAGAAGACCUUUGCAGCCUAGAAAUUAUAACAAUAUCUGGUUGUAUUUUUGUUUUUUAUGUAUUUACAUAGGUACAUGUUAUCGGUAUACUUCAAAGCUCUCUAACACCAGUAAUAAAUAAUUGGUGUUAUCAGCUACUGUAUCGCUCGCUUCUGUGACGCAAAUUAGGCUUGUUGAUU